CCGGCGUGCCGAUCGGUGACGUGGCGGGCGCUGACGUUGCUGUGGUGACGCGGCCAUCUUGUGUGCCGGGUUGGGUCCCAGCGGCUGGAGGAGCGCAGCGGUAUAUUGUGGUCAAACGAACAAAAGAUGAUGGAGGAAAGUGGGAUUGAGACAACACCUCCCACAACCCCACCACCAAAUACUUCCAUGACAACAAGCAACCCUCCAAUUUCAACAGUUCUACCUAGCACUUUACCUAAUCCCAUUACUACCUCCAUUUCAGCCAUGUCUCCCCAAGUCUUUUCGACACCUCCUCAUCCUAGAACCCACAUGCCACCUGUUAGGUCCUCUACACCCCUAACUGCUGUUGCAUCCCCUAUUCAUCCAGCUGCUGGUCAUUCUGGUGCUGCAGCUUAUGGCUUUCCUCCUUCGAUGCCUUCUAUGGGCUCUCCUGCUGGUCCUGCCUUUUCUGCACCUCCAGCAGGUCCACCCACCACUGGGUUCUCCAUGUCUACAAACUACGACAUCACUCGAGGCCAUGCUGGGAGAUCUCCACAAACCCCGUUGAUGCCAAUUUUUUCUGCAUCUGGCACAGGAGUUGUUCCAGGUGCCAUGACUCAGGCCCCUACUCCUGCUGGAAGUGGCUCCUCCAUUACUUUCCCAGUGGAACCUGAGGACCCCAGGAUGUCUGCACACUAUGACCAAAGUGGUGCUGGAGGCGGAUUAUGGGGCUUCUUUAAGGGUGUGGCAGGGAACUCCGUUGUGAAAUCAGUUUUGGACAAAACAAAGCAUUCUGUUGAGUCGAUGAUCACCACGCUGGAUCCAGGCAUGGCUCCCUACAUCAAAUCAGGUGGUGAUUUGGAUAUCUUGGUAACUUCUAAUAAAGAGGUUAAAGUGGCAGCUAUUCGAGAUGCUUUCCAGGAAAUCUUUGGAUUGGCCACGGUUACCGGGGAAGCUGGCCAGUCAAAUAUUGCUCCACAACCUAUUGGGUAUGCGGCAGGAUUAAAGGGAGCUCAGGAAAGAAUAGAUAGUCUGAGGAGAUUGGGGUUGAUGCAUGAAAAGCAGGUGACCGUUUCUGUUGAGAACUUCAUUGCAGAAUUGCUCCCAGACAGGUGGUUUGACAUAGGAUGUCUGAUCCUUGAAGAUCCAGCUCAUGGUAUUUGCUUAAAAAAUUUCACACAAGCAACACCAGUGCCUUCAGAAUUUGUGCAACAGGCACAAAACCUUACGCCAGCUGACUACAACCUGAGAUGGUCUGGUUUGAUGGUGACAAUAGGUGAAGUUUUGGAGAGGAGUAUACCCCACGUCAGUCGCAAUGAUUGGCAUAUCGUGUUUACAGGCAUGUCUCGAAGACAGAUGAUCUACAGUGCAGCCAAAGCCUUAGCAGGGAUGUACAAGCGACAACUGCCAUCAAAGUCCAUUUAACCAUCAAAACUGUGGCCCACUGUUCUAAGGGGAUUUUUUUUAAAUCUCAGUGCACUUCCUGCACAAGAACUGUUUAAACAUUGAUGUAUUUUUAUAUAUUCAAAUCAGAAGUGCAGUCUCUGAGGCAAAACUCUCCCAUCUACCAGCAUAGGAACUGGUUAAUUGGAACAUUCCAGAAACUGAAUGUGAUCCUUUGUGAUGGGAACUAUUUUAAAAUAUGCAUUUUCUUUAUUCUCACUUUAUACUAAAAAUAGUUUGUUACAAUUACUUUGAUAGAUACUGUCGCAAAAUGCAAAUUGAGGUACUAAGCAUUAGCAAUGCUUGUCUCUAUAUUCCUGCCACCUAAUCAUAAAUACACAUUUGUGUCCAAGAGUGACUUAAUGUGCAUGGAAUAAUGUGCAGGUAGUUCUGUUCUUUGCUUCUAUCCUUGUAACAUGAGCUUAUAAGGUAACGACAUUCAAAAUGAUGGAUAUAUGAUUUACGUUGAAACUUGUCAACCCACACUUUUGAAAAAAAUCUGAUAAAUGGUCAAGGUGAAUUGUCACAAGGUUAAAUGAAAGAUUUUAUUUUAAAUAAAAUGCAAACACUAUUAUUUGAGAAACCUUAAUCAACCCCUCUCUACUGCCAAGUCAAGACAAGGCUCAUUGGAAGUAUCAUUGGCCUAUUUUGUUAUUCUUUGUAAAGGAAAUAAAACGGAAAUAUCAGAAAUGACAUCAGUAUUUCCUUUGUAAUCUUAAUUUAAUUUUGGCAUUUAUCAGAAUUGUUUUUAAUUAAUUUUCUCCAUUGAGACGAUGCUAGUUAGCUUCCAUUGCAAUAUGCUGCACUGUAAUGGUUGGUACAUAAUUGAUUGCUUUCUUGAAAUGUGCAAUUAAUCAUAAUGCAAGUAGUUUACAAAUAAACCUUUGCCAAAAUACUUUAGUGCUAUGAACUGAAGUUUUAAACAGUAACUGUUUGAAUAUAGUUGGUCCAAUUAGAAGAUAAUAAUUUAGUUGUUGCCUGAUGGUUAAAUGAAGAGUUGAAAAUAGUCCCCAAAAAAUAGUUUAGUUGUAAUUUUCUGCCAAAUGAAUCGCUGCAUUCAUUUUAUUUUGCCUCUUCCCAAUUCAACAAUGUGCAAAA